AAGUCAAUACCUCUCCAUGAUUUAAAAAAUAAUUCAAAGCAAGAUAGAAGAGAAUUUUUUAACCGGAUAGAGGGCAUCUAUAACAGCUUUGUAGCUAUGAAGGUGACCCUGGAGGCAGAUCUGGGCUGAGUGAGUCACCGGAGCAGGGGAAGGUUAAGCGUCCCGGUCAUAGUCUGUUGCAUAAAGAACCUGGAGGGGAGAGCUCUGAAGCUGGAAAUUCGAGGGGAACCCAGGGGUCCCCCGGGGUCCCAGCAACCACAGAAUUUCACAUUGGUGCAUCUUCCUCUCGUAGGGAUGAAUCAGACUUUGAAUAGCAGUGGGACCCCGGAGUCGGCCCUAAACCAUUCCAGAGGGAGCAUGGUGCACACGGCCUACCUGGUGCUGAGCUCCCUGGCCAUGUUCACCUGCCUGUGCGGGAUGGCAGGCAACAGCACGGUGAUCUGGCUGCUGGGCUUUCGAAUGCGCAGGACCCCCUUCUGCAUCUAUAUCCUCAACCUGGCGGCAGCCGACCUCCUCUUCCUCUUCAGCAUGGCUUCCAUGCUCAGCCUGGAAACCCAGCCCCUGGCCAAUACCACUGACAAGGUCCACGAGCUGAUGAAGAGACUGAAGUACUUCGCCUACACAGCGGGCCUGAGCCUGCUGACGGCCAUCAGCACCCAUCGCUGUCUCUCCGUCCUCUUCCCCAUCUGGUACAAGUGUCACCGGCCCAGGCACCUGUCAGCCUGGGUGUGUGCCCCACUCUGGAUGCUGUGUCUCCUGAUGAACGGGUUGACCUCUUCCUUCUGCAGCAAGUUCUUGAAAUUCAAUGAAGAUCGGUGCUUCAGGGUGGACAUGGUCCAGGCCGCCCUCAUCAUGGGGGUGUUAACCCCAGUGAUGACUCUGUCCAGCCUGACCCUCUUUGUCCGGGUGCGGAGGAGCUCCCAGCAGUGGCGGCGGCAGCCCACUCGGCUGUUUGUGGUGAUCCUGGCCUCUGUCCUGGUGUUUCUCAUCUGUUCGCUGCCUCUGAGCAUCUACUGGUUUGUGCUGUACUGGUUGAGGCUGCCGCCCAAGAUGCAGCUCCUGUGCUUCAGCUUGUCACGCCUCUCCUCGUCCAUAGGCAGCAGCGCCAACCCUGUCAUCUACUUCCUGGUGGGCAGCCAGAGGAGCCACAGGCUGCCCACCAGGUCCCUGGGGACUGUGCUCCAACAGGCGCUUCGCGAGGAGCCCGAGCUGGAAGGUGGGGAGACGCCCACCAUGGGCACCAAUGAGAUGGGGGCUUGAGAGCCACCCACAGGUGCAUGCCAUCUGUGUGAGCCUGUGCCCUGGAGAUUCCCAAGCUGUGAGCUGCCUCCCACCUCGUCCCUGCCAAGUGUCUGGCUGGCCUUCUUGGGGGAGCCCCAAGGACUUUGCAGCUGCGUGUGGGGGUCCCUUCCCUGCAUGUCAAAGCUCCCCACACCACCUGUGUCCUGAAUCUCACAAUGCAACCCCGCUGGAAGAUGCAAUUUAUUUCUUUAUAGUAGAUCAUCUGGUUGGGGGAAAAUAUUAGCUUUUAGCCCUACCCUGCUUUAAGCUGGUUACCUAUGGGUGGAUAACAGGCAUCUUAUUUGAAUAUGAAAGCUUUCUCCCAACCACCUUCUCUGCCUAAGAAGGCAUCUUUGUGGAGGAGGCAGGUGACCUCGGGUGAUCUUUGGCCCUAUGCUGGUCCUUGGGUGGCACCAACUGGCCACCAAGGUGGUGCCCCCGUGCACCUUUCCCCAGGUGUGCCUGCAGUCUGCAGGUAAACGGUGUCGCCAUUGCUGACCCAGAUCUUGCUGGCUGUGGGCCAUGAGACCCUGCCCCACCAUCCCUCUGACCCCUGACCAGCCCUUGACCCCUGGCGUUUGCUAUGAGGUCGCCUUACCAUCACCCCUCGUACCCAGGGCAGGCCUGUUCGCUUUCCUCCAGGCCGCACUGGGAAGGGAAGAGCCUCUGCCUGGCUUCACUGGCAGUCACUCCAGCAGACGCUGAUGGGACAGUGCCCCAGGCAGUGGAGGGCAGCCUGCCAGGCAAUGUUCCCCACAGCCAGAGUCUCGUACCUGACUGACUGUCCCUCCCAGGGCCCCCUCACUUUGCCCAAAAGCCCAAAGAGGGAACAUCUGGGACACACAUCAGCUGGCUCCACUCUCCUCCCUCCUGCUUUCCUUCCCACAGUCCCCUGGGGCCAGAACAAGGCGGAUGUUCCCUGCACUUUCCACAGAUCACAGCCCUUCCCUACCACCCAGCAUCCAGCCUCGAGGCUCGGGCCUUGCAUGGAGGGGCUGCAAGACAGGAGGUCCCUGCAGAGUCAGUCUCGGACUUAAAGAGGUGAGGGAGGAGGAAAGACAGAAGUGGAAAGAUCCUGUCUCCAGACCACAGCCUGGCCUGCAAGCCUGGCACCUGGCUGCGUCAUCCUGUUUUUCAGGUCAGAAGGUGAAAGUGAUCUUGUUCUUUCUCUUGGUAUCUUUCUGAAGCAAUUCUCAGUCUCCUCCCAAAAGAUGGAGCCUUCAAGCCAGCCAGGGCACAGGUCAGAUCCUGAGACAGGAGAGGACAGCUCAUCAGUAAGCUAUAAGAUACAACCCUGGAAUCAACUCACAGCCUGCGGUUCUAUGCCAUGGCAGGUGAUGGUGUUCUGGGGACUCGAAGACUGUGCACCUGGACAGGACUCCCCUUCGUGGGCUCCCCCUGGGUGUUCACUGCCCUGGGCUGGGGGCUGUGCAGCCCUCCCAGGAGGAGAAAUUACCUCUGAGUGAUUUCAUUUCCUGAGUCACCUGCUUUCCCAUCUAGGGCUCAGGCCCCCAGGUCUGUGUGUCCCGGAGAGGCAUGUGAGGCAGAGUGGCAGCUCUUUAUUAGUCAUUCCAGCAUUUAGCAGAGCGCUUGGUACCAACACUGGCCUCGAAUGCCAGAUGCACUUAACAAGUGCUCAUUUGGCCAAUAAGAGUAACUAAUGCCUGUACAGUGCUUUACAGCUCAUGUUUUGUCCAGGAUCCAACCCAUAUCUUCUGACUACAAACUCCAUACUUCACGACCCUUCUCCAACCUGGGCAGCCACAAGGUGGCCCAGUCUAAAGCCGACAGUUAGGUAGGAGGACCAUCUCGCUUCUUAGCAGUCAGUGACUACCACAGGGCCCCUCAUUUGCAAGGGGAGGAGCCCUAGAAAUUGUUCACAUGAUGAUGUUAUGUUUCGAUAAAACUUAUAAAAUGAUAUAUCCAUUAGACCUUCUACUCCGGUACCUCCAUCACACUCCACUUUAGGUCAGGUGGCACUGGUGUGCCCACAGGUAUUUGGGGGGUGGGGCUGAGUGGAAGAGGAGUUAGGGGGUCCCUGCAGUUUGGGCUUAGUGAGGUGCGUUUAUGUGGUUUCCGAUCACUUCCACAUGUGGUUAGGCAAUUGCUAGCGCCCCAGGGUAGGAAUGGCUCCCAGGCACGUUCCCACUGCCUGCUGUGCCAGCUCCCCGGGCAUCGUGGAAAGAGUUGCCUGAAAAAAUGAACAGACGAAGGAAGUGUGUGGGGGAGUGGGUAACAGAGAAGAAACAAGAUUUGAAAUGUACAGAAUCAGAAGCUAGCUUAUAGAAGAAUCCUCCGAUCCCCAGAUGUACAAUUCUAAGUGGGGGGUUCUGUUCUCACAGGUGCCUGCUCAGAGCAGGUCUCACCUGUUAGCAAGAUCCUUGCUAAUGCAGCAUGUGUAAUCAGAACACAUACCAUACCUCUUUUCUCCUGGGAAAUGUGAAAGUACCAUUCAUCAGACACUCUGUUUUUGUAUCCAAAAUGCUGGAGCAGGAAUACAAAUGGCAAAAACGUCUCUGUGUGAAGUUGCAUGUUUUAUGUAUCCAGCUAUCAAUCACUUAAAAUAAAUCCAAUCAAUGAGGAAAAACACAAUUAUCUUUCUCUUUUCUCCACAGAAAGUGUACAAAAUUGAUCUAUGAAGAGGCAAGCAACAGUAUGCAGCCAAAAAUGUAGGACAAAUAUUAGAAAGGUUUGUUAAGCAGCUAACUAUUAAAAAUAUUAUAGGGCUUUUAAUAUUUUAUGAAGUUUGUUUCUUCAAACAAACUUGCUUAAAAAACAAUGUUUGAUUUACUUUCUCAUUCUGAAUAAGUAUUCAUUUUCAUACCUAAUUUUGUAUUUGUAACUUUCCUUCCUUCUUUUCUUCCCCCUUAAAAAGGGCCCCAAAUCCUGUAGAAAUUUUAGGUUCCAUAAACCCUGGAUCCAACCAGGAGCAGCGAGCCCUCUGGCCACACUAGACUGCUGGAGAUUUCCUUGUGAAUAACCAUAAAAUUCCAAUAGCAUAGUCCACACUGUCUGAUAGUUCAAUCCUUUGCUGAAACAAGUUUUCUUGUUGAGCCCCGAUUUCCCCAAUCCCACCCCAAGGUUCAGCCCUGUGGGGUCCCAGGUGGGAACCAGAUGCGGAGGGAGGAUGAGGGUCCUCCCACCACUCACUGAUGGGGACAGGGCCUGGCUCUGGGAGUGAGGAGACAGGGGCUCCCCUCUGCCUUCUGGGUUCCCUCAGGCCAGGUAUUCCCCUCUGUGGCCUCUUCUUCCCCAGCUGUGUAAUGGGAACAAUCAACCUCACCCUGCACUCCACCUGAGGCCCUUGCGGGCUGCCGCAGGGAACUGGAUCAAGAACACAUGUUCUAAACAAUCAAAAGUGAUUCCAGAAAGGAAUUCCUGACAAGAACAGCUUGAUCAGGCCAACAAACACAGCUUGGUUUGCUUUGGAAAUAGGUGGCUUCCAGAUUGCUUGUUUAAUAGAGAUGAACACGACAUACAUAAAUUCUGCAGACCACAGCGUCAGGAGGCAAACAGUACCAAGUUCUUUAGUUUCUAUCAUGGUACUUUCCUUUCUCUGGAGCCCCCAGUAAGACUCUUGGCAGAGACUCGGGUGCGGUCAGUUCAGGAAGGGCCCAGUCAACUCCAGGCUCCCCACUCCCCAUCCCAGGAGUUGCCUCUCAGUCGUGGCUUCACAGGACUGGACAUUGUCUCCUCCAUCCUUGUGGUUAUCUACUUUCUGUGGCAGCCAUUGUCACGUCACCUGAUUUUUGCUCCCAGAGUCCCAAAUUUAUCUGCAAAUUCCAUCACCUCCACUGGCUAAUUGCUGAAAUAAAGCGUUCUCAAAUCUCAUGGUGCAGCGUAAUGAAAGUUUUCUUGCUUAUGCCAUAGACCAAUGCAGGUGAAUGGGAGGCUCUGCUCCACUCUGUCACUCAGAGACCCAGGCUCCUAAUGAUGUAAGACAGGUGAGCCCCCAAACUGGGGCUUAGCCAGGAGAGUUCUUGGCUUUGCCCAGGAAAUAAUUCAAGGUGAGCCAGUG